AUGGAUUAACAAUAAUAGGAUUAAGUUCAAUAUACAACUUUUGAAAAUUUGUAAGAUUAAAUCAUUCAAAAAAAUGAUGCAUCUGAUUGGAAACAAUAAUUUAUAUUUAUAGAUAGUUUAAGAGCUUAAAAUAAAUUUCAUAGUGAUUAAUUUAAAAUUUAGGAAUGGUGGGAUUAACUUUAACCCUUAACUGAUAGUAUAAGAAGUAAUGUGUCAAAAAAUGCAUUGAUGUUGAUAAAAGAAACAAGUAUAAUAAUUAAAAUAUAAAGUUUAACACAACAAUGUUUUUGAUGAAAAAAUUUUGCAAAAAUUAUUUGAAAAAUGUGAAAGUGAUUUUAAGUUUUUAAAAAAUGAAGCUUUGCAAACAAUUGAAAUUUUAUCUCAAAAACCUUAUUCUGAUGAUCUCAUUAAGAUCUUAUGUAAUAUAACAUUAUCAUAAAAUUAUGUAAUAUAAUAGAUUAUCAUUAGAAGUUGCAAUCCCAUUCCUAUCCUACAUUAGUGAAAAUAGUAUUAGCUUCAGAUUUUAAUUGUGAUUGGGAUAAUAUAAUUAAGGCUACUUUAGCAGUUUACAUAGGCAAAAGUGUUGAAUGUAAAAAAGCAAGUGAUUAGCUAUACUUGGCCAUUUAAAAAUAAAGACCAGAAGUAUUAGAAAAGGAAGAAUAACUAAAAGUUAUCGGAGAGAGAACCAAAUAAAAAGGGCCUUAAAAAGGGUUCAAGGAAUUUUUAUAAUAAUAGAAGAAAUGA